CGCAGCUCAGAAUAAAAUGAAUAAAGGGGAAAUGGAAUCAAAACCCGUAUAUCCGGCGCUUAACAACCAAUCCGACUCCCCACCGGAGUACGAUAGUACCAUGCCGGGCGUCCCAAUGCCAGCAUCGGCUCCAACUCUAGCUCCAGCUGCCGCACCAGCUCAGCUGGCAUUUGCUUCGGUGGCGCCACAGCCACCUGUCUACGUUGUGCAGCCCCAAGUGAUGAACCAUUUUGGCAGCAAGCCUUCCAUGGUCGUGUGCCCGUCCUGCAAUGCCCGUAACUUCAGCAAAGUGACUUACAAGUCCAGCACCAAGACGCAUCUCAUCGCACUUGUUCUGUGCCUAACCUCCUGUUGUUGUUGCAUUCCCUACUGCUUCGACUCCUGCAAGAGCGCUGAACACGUCUGCUCCAGCUGUGGCUCUUACCUUGGCACUUACAACAAUUAAUUUCCACUUUCUGUGUUACAAAUACAAGUGUAUUAUUAUUGAGAACUUAAAUAACAAUCAGUGAUAUAAAUUCCAUUCCCUUAAAUAUAUAGUACUAUAUUAUUUGUUUGAUGA